AAGCAUAUAGCCGUAUUAAACUAGUGACAUUUACGCAGCUGCGUUUUCAACGUAAGGAGCACCUGGUCGUCCUCUUCCACGGCCGUUUUUUUAUUUUAAAAAAUCGUUUAACAAGACCUGCUUAGGAGGACAAACUAAAACUGCAAGAAUGGAUAAAUUUCGUAUGAUGUUCCAGUUUUUGCAGUCCAAUCAAGAGUCUUUCAUGAAUGGCAUCUGUGGCAUCAUGGCUUUGGCCAGCGCGCAGCUAUACUCAGCCUUCGAGUUCAGCUGCCCCUGUAUGCCGGAGUAUAACUACGCGUAUGGGAUCGGGAUUUUAGUAAUUCCGCCAGUUUGGUUUUUCUUACUUGGGUUUGUGUUGAACAACAACGUUUCGAUUCUGACUGAAGAGUGGAAACGGCCGGCAGGAGAGCGCGGGAAAGACCCGACGGUCCUGCGCUACAUGUUGUGUUCAAUUACGCAGCGCUCUCUGAUCGCGCCAGCGGUUUGGAUAUCCGUGACGCUGAUGGACGGGAAAAGUUUCCUUUGCGCCUUCAGCGUCGACUUGGACGUAAAUCGGUUUGAAAAGCGGAGAAAUCACAACCUCUCGGAAGCGGAGCUCCUAAGAUUGCUGGCCAAAAUUCCAUGCAAGCACAUAUUCGAGGGCCAUGACGUUAUAUCACGAGAAGAAGCAUCCAGGUAUAUCCAGUGUAUAUCACAGGCGUUUGGUUGGACCUUCCUGCUGCUGCUGACCGUCAUCGCUUUCAUGAUCAGAGCGAUCAGGCCUUGUUUUACGCAGGCCGCCUUUCUGAAAACCAAGUAUUGGUCCCACUACAUCGACAUAGAGCGCAAGAUGUUCGACGAGACCUGCACGGAGCACGCGAAAACCUUCGCCAAGGUGUGCAUUCAGCAGUACUUCGAGAGCGCCAGCGGCGAGAUGCACAGCUUUCACAACCACCGCUUCGACACGCCCGACAGCGACGACGAGGAAAAACACAAGAGCGACGAGGAGAAGCUCCUGGGCAUCACGGCCCAGGACGACAUGAACAAAGUCCUCUGGAACUGGCACGCGUGCAAACCGCCACUCACCCUGAAAAAGGACCUUCUUAAUGGAGACGCCAACGGAAAUGGUUUGAUGAACGGCUUUGCUCACCAGACGCCCAAGAAAGAGUGGGUUACCUACCAUAGUAAGGUUUGAACGUUUAUUUAAAAAAUGACAGGACAGACAAUGGAAUUUAUAUAAAUCAAAUCGCAUGUCCGGGAUCCGAGUGGACAAAUAAUUUGGCGAGCAGAAAAUAAUCUGUAUUUUCACGGGCAUCACGCGGCUCCUUAAGAACAUGCGAGUGAAAGGCUGCGAACAUUUUGAGCUUUCAUGUCAUGACGUGAUGUCAAAAACGACACGACAGUGGCACACUGACAUGAUCAUAACCUAUCAAGUGAUCUCCUGCUUGAUUUAUGAAGUUAGACUUUAAUAUUAUUUACAAGCUAUAACAAAAUAAAGCUAUUAAAAAACAAAU